GCGCACACGCGCAUUAAGCGGCGACGGUGCCCGUAGCGGAACAGAGACGGGACCGCACGCACGCUCGUUGCUUCUGCUGUUAAAGGAGGGAGUCGCAGUGUAUCGAAGUUGUGCAGUGUUGCUUACCACGUAGGAGGCAUAACACUCGCCGUCUCUACAAUAGUAAUCCUAACAUUUUCACAAAAUUUUUUGUUCUACGUUUCGGUGUUUUCAGUUCUCCGACGUUCUCUUCUAUUUAAUUGCUCUUCUCUCAACAAAUGUUUCACCAAACAUUCAACACACCGUUAAAAUCGCAACACCGUUAAGAUCGAUUGUUCCAAGACAGAAGAGCUAUUUCGGCAGAAACAUUGCGAAAGGCAAGUUCCAUUUGAAAGGAAGAGAGCGAGAGCGAGAGAGAGAGAGCGAGAGCGAGAGGGAGAGAGAGCGAGAGCGAGAGAGAGAGAGAAAGAGAGAGAGAGAGAGAGAGAGCAACCGUAAGACGGGAGGAUCGUAAAAGAUAAAGUGUUGGCGCCGAAUGUUUUUAUCCACAUGUGACUGACAACGAAGAUUGAUCUGGGGAUUGGCGCACGACUUAUAAAUGAGAGUAAGAGAGAGUGCGAGCGAGCGAGAGAGAAAUAGAGUGAGAGAGAGAAAGAAAGGGAGAGAGAGUCUCGGGAUCGAAAAUUAGAUCGAGAUUGGCCACCAUCAAGGAUCGAGACACGAAAUCGGCAAGACGUGUCGCAGAAAUGGAAAGCAGAGUCCGAUGCAACAUACGGAAUCAUGUACCGUAUUAUGACAGAGAAUGAGAUCGAAGCCGCCGAAUGAGAUGUUGUUCUAUUAACGUUAUAUCAACUCUGAUGUAUUAUAAAGUUACCAGUUGGACCAGUUGGAUAAUCCGCAGGGAAAAGUGGAUUUUUAGUGCCCGGCGUUGUUAGUGCCCGGUCUGGAAUAAUCAUCGCGCCCUACCUCUCUCACCACGCCAGCAAUCGUACCACAUAUCGAUACUCAUAUCGACCACCGUUCGUUUUUACGUAACGACGUGUAGCUUUUAAAAUAAAUAUUCCGUGUCAUAUAGUGUUCGAACGAUAUUGUGAUCGAACCAGAUAAAACCACGAAGGAAGGUUUUUCGCAGAACGUUCCGAUAUCAUGUACUAGUUGCGGACAGUACCUACUCACGUUCUUUACUGUGGUGCCUAAAUAACUUAAGUAAAGAAAAAAAAAAAAAAAAAAAAAAAAAAAAAAACAACAAAACUAGUGCCUAUAUAACGUAUAUGCGCAAUAAAGAUACAUAUUAUCAAAUGCUGUGACUUGAAAAUAUAGACAGACUUGAAUCGAACGACGAUUCGGAUCGUCCGAUCAGCCGAAUCAUGGAUCAGUGAUACAGUGAUGCUCGAGAUACUCGAUCUAUCUCGAUUCUCCGUUCUCCGUUAGAAUCUUUCACGCUCAUAAUCAAAAUAUUACACUUUUACCUCCGAAACGGAAAAAGAGAAACAAAGAAGAAAGGAAAGAGACAAAGAGUCUUUCGAAUCACUGGAAUUAGGAGACGAUAUAUAAUGCCGAUCCCGUCGAUUUCCUUCUCGUCGAGCGAAAAUUAAUAUCGAAUUUGAAAGGGACGCAUGAAGUUAACCAUAAAAAAAAUUACUUCCACUUCUCUUUGGAGCUCGAACGAACAAACAAACUCGCAUUCGUUCGAUCUAGAUUGAAUCUUUCCGCCUUCUCUUUACGUCUUUUCGCAAUUUCCGUUCUCUUCAAACAUCUUCCGCUUCUAUCACGCACACGCACACACACACACACACACACACACACACAUACACACAUAUACAUACAUUACAGCAAUGUCUCGUUUAAUGUUGUGUAAUCUCGGCAAUACGUCCACGGCGGGAAAUGAUACGAAUAACAAUGCGAAUACGAAUAGUAGUAUGGAGGAUGAUGACUACUAUCCACUGCCUACUAUUUAUCGCUGCCGUGCACCUAUAGCGAGUUUGGAUUGCAUGGAAGAGUUCAACGGCGGCGGCGGCGGUGGUGGAGGCGGUGGUGGCGGCGGUGGCGGUGCUGUGGACUCCGGUGUACAUUGCAGCAAUACCGCUGGAACGAAGGAACAGCUACUGACUAACUGCAUUGCCGCACAAGCGCAACGCUUACAGCAUCCUUCGCCAGGUAUUCGCUACCGCAACUUGGGCAAAAGCGGUCUUCGUGUUUCCAAUGUUGGAUUAGGUACAUGGACAACUUUCGGCAUAGGAGGUUGCAGUAACGAGGAAACAGCCGAAGCUGUGGUUGCCCUCGCCUACGACAGUGGAAUAAAUGUGUUCGAUCUGAGCGAAGCUCAUAGUGGUCAUAGAGCAGAAAUUCAAUUUGGACGAAUUUUAUUACGUCGUGCUUGGAAUCGUUCGAGUUACGUCGUUACCACCAAGAUAUAUUGGAACACGAAGGCAGAGGGUCGCGGAUUGUCACGGAAGCACAUAAUCGAAUCGGUGCAAGCGUCCUUGGUCAGGUUACAACUAUCGUACAUCGAUAUUGUAAUGAUCCAUAAAGUAGAUCCAAUGUGUCCUAUGGAAGAAAUAGUACGUGCUAUGAAUUACGUGAUAAGUAAAGGAUGGGUAAUGUAUUGGGGAACGUCUCGUUGGACACCUGUCGAAAUUAUGGAAGCUUACACGAAUUGCCGUCAAUUUAACUGCGUCACACCGAUCGUGGAACAAGCCGAGUAUCAUCUAUUUUACAGAGAAAAACCGGAACUUUAUAUGCCAGAGUUGUACAAUAAAAUCGGUGUUGGCCUGAUGGCGUGGUCCACGGUUACGAUCGGUAUGGUUUCCUCGAAACCAGAAGACUGUGGUGUCUCUUUUUUAUCGAGAUCUUCAUAUAAGAAUAAGUAUUCGUCGUUCAGUUGGACCGAAGACGAAACGCAAUCUUUAUAUAAAGAACAGGAAUACGGCUGGAAGGAAAAGUCAACUGAUGACGAGACACGAAAAUAUUCAGAUAAAUUGCGAGACGUGUGUGCACUCGCCGAACGACUCGGUUGCUCAUUCGGACAGUUGGCUAUCGCGUGGUCUUUAAAGAAUGAAAGUGUUCAGUGCCUUCUCCUCGGUGCAUCAAACAUAGAUCAAUUGUACGAGAGUCUUCAAAGUUUACAGCUAAUUCCAAAAUUGAACGCCAAUAUUAUGAGCGAGAUCGAAAGAAUUCUCGAUAACAAACCGUCGCGACCUCCGAUGAUAUCAACGUUGGCGCUUAGAUGACAAUCAAUUUGCCCCCACGGGAGUGGUGGGGGCUCCUUAGAAGACGGAGGCAGCCCGAAAAGCGAGGGCGCCAACAGCCAAGAUCAAGAGCAGACGAAAGAGUUGACCGGCAAACUACCGUUUUGCGAGAUACAAUGAGAACCAUGUUGACACGUUUACGUAAAAAUUCACGCACUCUGUGUGUUUGAUCUUGGCAAUCGAAUGAGAAUGGAUCGAUCGGAGCCGAGUUCCAAAGACGAACGCUGGUAGACGGAACGAAUGCCAAACGAAAUCACACAAGAUUAAGCGAGAAAAAGAAACAUUCGAACAAGGUACUUGGUGCACGGUUCGCACGGUUCGCACCGUGGCGAAGAAAUUAUUCACGUGAGAAUGAAUCGACGACAAUACUACUACGAGUUACGGUUACGGUUACGAUUGCGAUUGCGAUUGCGGUUAUCACCGUGAUUACGUUCGAUAUUUCACGAUAGAUGUUCACGAAUCAAUUACAGACACGAUUUUCACUUUCCGUACGUGCGGAGCAUCCUUUUCGCCAUUUUCCUUUGGACAGAGGUAAUUUGAGACGUUACGCGGGAGAGAACGAGAUUCAACAAGCGACAUUGGAACAUUUCUUUGCGUAAAACUUUCGUUUCGAGGGAAAAAAAACGAAAAACGAUCGAACACGAGUUUUCUACGAAUCGAACCAUUAUUAUCCGCAAUUCAGCUGUGCCAGGUGUUCAUUCGAAAUUAGAAUUAUCGUGUUUAUUGGUAGCGUCUUUAUUACGACUAUGUAACGCUGUAUUGUCGCUUCCGGCUACUUCUUUCUGCUUCCAAGAAGAUUCUGUUGUACCGUUUCUCAUCCUUUCAUCCUCUAUUCCGGUGUACAUACAAUAACUGAACGAACCAAUAUGAGAUGGUACCGUGUGAAACGCGUCGGGAUUCGCGCUCAUCAACAUACAGAUCCACGCACGCAUUCACGCACGCACGCACGCACGCAUAAUACGAUUGAUUAUAGUUUCCGAACGUGUGUAUCACUGAUCUAUCUGAUUCUUCAUACGGCGUCAAGCGUAUAAGCGUAAAAUGAUUCUUGCCAUGCCGUUCGUAGUCGCAGAUGGUCAACGCUAGCUCAGGUUUGUUAACUAGCGAUUUUGCUAGUUAACCGAACUCAAAACGAACGGCUACGUAGGAUAGGUAAAUGACAUAGGCGGGUAGAUAUGUAAGUAGGUAGACGUAGGUAGUUAAGGUAAGUAGUUAGAUAAGUAUGUACAUAAGUACUUGGAUAGAUAGGGGUAUGA